ACGUACGAACCCCUUCGAGUGCCUAACCUAAUCUCAGCCCGGAAUAUUCGCAAGCGUUUCGCUCGCAACGGUUACAGCGAUGCUCUGAACCGGUUAUGUACGUUACUGUGCGCGAAACGAUCAAUUUAAGAAUUUGCUCGCAAGCGAAGCGUUUCGCGCAUCCGUGAGCAGUCGUCGCGGCGCAUCGUCGUUUCAACGAGCGCCGAUAACAGUAUCUGGCCGACCGACGAUCUUGUCAGUCACGUCGGACGCCUUUGUCGGAGCAAUUCACUGGAACCGAGUCCACGAAAAAUCGUGAGCCGUUCGAAAAGCAAUCGCCAUCAUGCUGCGAUCGUUUAGGAAAUUACGCUUGUCCCGGGGUUUCGCAACGGCGGCAAGCGUGCCGGCACCGGAAACCAAUCCGUCCAUCAUGUAUACCGGCAUUUUCAUCGAUAACGAAUGGCACCGAUCGAAAUCGGGCAAAACCUUCCCCACUUUGAACCCAGCAACCGGAGAGACGAUCGCUGAAGUUCAAGAAGGCAGCGCGGCGGACAUAGAUGAGGCGGUGAAGGCAGCUAACAAGGCAUUCAAACUCGGUUCACCAUGGAGGACCAUGGACGCUUCUCGGCGCGGCGUCCUCUUAAACAAAUUGGCCGAUUUGUUGGAGCGAGACCGUACUUAUCUCGCGUCGUUAGAAACGUUGGACAACGGUAAACCCUAUUCUGCGGCGUACGGUUUCGACGUAGGCGCGAGCGUGGCGACGCUGAGAUACUACGCAGGAUGGGCUGACAAAAAUCACGGUCAGGUAAUUCCCAUGGAUGGGCAAUACUUGGCUUAUACUCGUCACGAGCCGGUGGGUGUCUGCGGUCAAAUCAUUCCAUGGAACUUUCCUCUUCUAAUGAUGGCUUGGAAAUUAGCACCUGCUCUGGCUACAGGAAACGUUAUCGUCUUGAAGCCCGCGGAACAGACGCCGUUGACGGCUUUGUACAUGGCUCAGUUGACCAAGGAAGCUGGAUUUCCUAGCGGAGUCGUGAACGUGGUCCCCGGCUUUGGCAGUGCUGGGGCUGCGCUGGUCGCUCACAACGACGUCGACAAAAUUGCGUUCACAGGCUCGACCGAGGUCGGGCAGCUGAUCAAGAAAGAAGCUGCGACGAGCAAUCUGAAGCGAACCACGCUGGAACUGGGCGGGAAGUCACCUAAUAUAAUCUUGAGGGACUCCGAUCUUGAUACCGCCGUGGAAACGGCUCACUUUGGCCUGUUCUUCAACAUGGGUCAGUGUUGCUGCGCCGGAUCGAGGACCUUCGUCGAAGACAGUAUUUACGACGAGUUCGUGGAGAAGAGCGCCGCGCGAGCUAAAUCCAGGGUCGUCGGCAAUCCAUUCGACUUGAACGUGGAACAAGGCCCACAGAUCGAUCAGGAGCAAACGGAGAAGAUCAUGUCCCUGAUCGGUGAGGGAAAAAAGCAAGGAGCGAAACUGGUGUCCGGCGGAUCGCGCGUCGGUGAUAAGGGUUACUACGUCGAACCGACGGUAUUUGCCGACGUGACUGAUGACAUGACCAUUGCUAAACAAGAGAUUUUUGGGCCGGUCCAGCAAAUUCUGAAGUUCAGCAGUUUGAACGAAGUAAUUAAUCGGGCGAACGCCACUGACUACGGAUUGGCAGCGGCGGUUUUCACGAAGGACAUCGACAAGGCGAAUUACAUCGUGCAAGGUCUUCGAGCGGGUACCGUUUGGGUGAACACGUACAACAGUUUGGCGCCGCAAGUGCCGUUCGGUGGUUUCAAAAUGUCAGGACACGGAAGGGAGCAGGGCUCGUACGGUCUCGAAGCGUACACCGAGGUCAAAAGUGUGAUAAUCAAAGUUAAACAAAAGAAUAGUUAAACUAAACGACCCUCGCGUUUGUAAAUUUUAUGAGAAUGAAGGGAGGUGAACUACGGAUAGAGUUACGAUCAGAUUUUUAUACUUUAAAAUAUACUUUUAAGGAAACCAUGCCAGCAACGCUGCGAUCACACAGUUGCGUGUUUAUAUAAAUAGUCGAUGUAUUUUUGUACACAUUUCGUUUGACAUUGUUGACGAUAGAAACGUAGAUAAUAUCGCACAACCGAGGAAACGAGUGACAGAACGAAGAUUAAACAGUAAGCUUCCAAUCUUAUUAUACAAUUUACAAAAGUAGCAUCAAUAAAUAACUUUAUUUCUUUAG